CGUACUAAAGAAGCAAACCCAAAAAGCCGCACGAAGCCACGAACACACCAGGCAGGCUCGCCCUAAAAAUAUUCAGACUCAAAAUUUCCCUUUCGUAUCCUUGAAUUUUCUCUUUCUCGCUUUCUCUUCCAUUGCUCAGGCGACUCUUCAAAUUCAAUAUUGUUUUCAAUUUUCAGUUACUGAGUGAGUCAACUCAGUUCCGGUCCACUCGGCCCUAUCAAUGUGUCUUUGAGUUGCUUGUCGUGGAUUUUCCAUGGAAACAGUGGUUGGAGGGGAGGGGAAUGAUGAAGGGAAGCUUGAGGAGAGUGCGGUUCAGAAGAGUAGCUCCGAUUUGUCUUCAUCCAAGGGAAUUGCUGACCCGGUUGUAUACAAGCUUGUUCGGGUUGAAGGAGAUGGGAGAUUAGUCCCUGCAACAGAUGAUGAAGUGAUGGAGGUUGAGGGUUUGCUUGACGAUGAGAAGAGUGAACUACAAAGCCUUACGGGCUCUGAUCAGAUUGUACAGACCAUUUUUAAUGAAAGCUCGUUGACUGGGAUCCCUCAAAUAGAAAGCUCAGGUUUGUCUCAAUCUGAGAACACAGAAGAUACGGGAAAAUUAAAUUCAAGACUUGAGUAUAUCGAGGAAAUGUUACAAAAGGUCAAACAAGAAGAGAGGCUCCGCUUAGCAUAUGGAUCUCCUGAUCAUUCUUCUGCUUAUGUGAUUGUAGACAGCCAGUGUUCUGAUCAGCAUGAUAAGUUACCUGGUGUUGAUAAGAAGCUUGAAUCUGAAAAAACUCUGCAGGGAAAUCACACUUCCGUGGUGCCAACUUUGAGUGGAAGACAUGUUAGUCAAUCUGAAGUUGCUGGGGAGUGCUCAAAAUCUCGAGAUGAGCUGAGAGAAGGUGGAUCAUCAACUUGUGGCAUCUUUAAUAAUUCGAAACCUGAUUUUUCAAUAAUAAAGGGAGAAAUAUGCUUGGACAAAAUGUCUAUCAAAGAACUUCAUGAAACUUUUAAAGCCACAUUUGGGCGAGAAACAACUGUCAAGGACAAACAGUGGCUUAAGAGAAGGAUUGCAAUGGGGUUGACUAAUUCCUGUGAUGUUCCAAACACUAGUUUCAUAAUUAGAGAUAACAAACUCGUGAAGACAGGUGAAGAAGAACGCUCUAAUAGUGUGUACAAUAUUCUUAUAGAGGAUCCAACAGUGAAAGCAGUUAUUGGAGACUGUGAUGAUUCCACAAUUGCUAUCUUUAGUCCAACAGAAGACUAUCAGAUUGUUUCUGACAAGAGAUUGAGAGAUAGCAUAGACACCAAUUCUGGAGCUGAAGAAGCUAGCUUGGAACAGAGAGCAGCCAAAAGAGUUCGGAAGCCUACUAAAAGAUACAUUGAAGAGCUUUCAGAAGCAGAGUUCAAAGAAUGCAGUGGAAAGACAGUGACCUCUGCUAAAUACUCCGGACUUGGACUGAUGUCCCAAAAGACUCAGGCAAGGCCUGCCAGAAAUUCGUCUUUAGAUGGGAGAAACAUCAUUACCCGGUUGGAUUCUCUUGGCGGGUUUGGUGUUCAUGUUCCAUGUGUUUCUCGUGUUCGAAGAAGCCGUCCCAGAAAAAAUAUCAUGGGUCUUAUGAAAUUCCAUCCUGAUGGUGAGGGCAUGAUGGUGAAUUUGGUAGAGGAUGCCCUUGGUGUUAAUGGUUCUCAUCUGGAUGAUGGGUGUGGGAAUAAGGAUUUGAAGACUGUAUCUGCUCCAGAUCAAAGUCUGGUACUGUGUAUAGCUGAAUCUGAUAUAGAUAAGAAAGACUCAGCAAUGGAUGUGAUCAAAGUGGAACAGAGUUUGGAGCUUAAACAUGUCUGUUCUUUGGCGAAUACCACUGAUGGCAAUAUAGCUACCGUGCCUACAUCAAAAGGCGGAAUUAGAAGGAAACAUCAUCGAGCGUGGAGUCUUGCUGAGGUUAUGAAGCUUGUCGAGGGUGUAGCUAGGUAUGGAGCUGGAAGGUGGUCUGAGAUCAAACGGCUUGCGUUCGCGUCCUAUUCGUAUCGCACCUCUGUUGAUCUCAAGGACAAGUGGAGGAAUCUGCUGAAAGCUAGCUUUGCACCGACAACUGCUGAUAAAGGGAUUAAUUCCAAGAAGCAAGCGGCUUCGAUGCCUAUUCCUGCACCUGUUUUGGUUCGAGUGAGAGAGCUUGCAGAGAUGCAUGCCCAGGUUCCACCAAGUCUUGGCUCGAACAAGCUGGCUAAAUACGGUAAUGGUGGAAGAAGUGUACAUGAAACUAGAUCAGGCUACUUGUAACAUCGUAAUCUGUAAAUACUACAAUUUGGCUGAUUUCAGGAUUUAAAAAAUAUACAUAUACUAAUUUGCCCA